AUGAGCCUGAAAAUUACCGUGCGUAGUUGGUUCCCACCAGGGCAUCCGGAAGCCAGGAGAGUCCUGGUUCAUCCAGUCGGGAACUUUCUGCUGAUUUACUACGACUGCCCCCCAACUUGUCGCCAGAGCCACCAACUCAUCGUGGUCCAGACGCCUUUGCUGAGGCCUGGCCCCGGCGCGCACCAGGGCUGUCUUGAAGCACCUUCGGAGCUACUGCACUGGCGACCCCAGCUGGUUCGGAGGAAGAUGCUCUGCCCUGAGACGUUGACGACGUCGACCACGUCUUCCUCCUCCUCCUUGUCGUUGUUGUCUCCCUCCUCGUCAUCAUCCUCAGCCUCAGCUCGAGAGAAGAGAAGGCUCAUCCACAUGGCCAGCCCCAGCCUGGCCAACACCACAGUUGCCAAAAGGACCAGCAGCAGCAUAGCCACAGGUCAGCCUCCACAUUGCAAUAACUACACACUCUCUCCGCAGCAAGUGAUCUACAGCUAUACGUUUUGUGGAGUGAAGAAGCCCAUCCUCACCAAGGAGCUUAAGGACAAGAUCCCUGUCGCCCUGCGUCAGCACUACUUGGGCUUGUUCACCGAAGUGUGCCUUAAGUUCUCCUCUUCGCAUCUGGAGGCCAUCGAGAAGGCACAGUCAGAGGAGAAAGUGAUCUAUGACCAAAGUCCCAGCAAGAACAAGUACCUGAAUGCCGCUCUGCACACCCUGAAGAUGCUCAGGGGCCGGGUUCCCAGCGCCAUCCCGGGUCUCAGCAAGGCCACCUUGUACAACUGCCUGAAGGGUUAUCUGCUCACCGAGGAGCAGCGCAAGGGGCAUGGCUUCCCGUUCGAGCAUCCGGAGAGGCCAGGGUCGGCAAAGCUCUUCACAGGAGAGCCUCAGCUGAGCCCGGCACACAGGUUCUGCUGCCGCUGUGGCACCAAGUACCUCGUGUCAUCCUCAGGCCGCAGCCUCUGCUCGGAGCCCUGCGUGUACCACUGGGGGCGUGUCCUCUCCAUCCCCGUGCAGGGAGGCUGGCAGGUGCACUACUCGUGCUGCUACGCGCCCCUGGACGCCACAGGCUGCAAGGUGGCCAAGCAACACGUGCAGGAUGGCAGGAAGGACAACUUGUAUGGCUUUGUCAAGACCUUACCGAAGAAGAACUGGGAAGCGCACGCGGGAAUCUACGCCCUGGACUGUGAGAUGUCCUAUACCACACAUGGCCUAGAGCUCACCCGCGUCACAGUGGUGGACACUGAUUUAUGCGUGAUUUAUGACUCCUUUGUCAAGCCGGACAAUGAGAUUGUGGACUACAACACCAUGUUUUCUGGAGUGACCGAGGCUGACGUGGUGAACACCAGAGUUAGGCUGUGUGAUGUCCAGUCCAUUCUCCUUAGGUUGUUCAGCACUGAAACCAUCCUCAUUGGACACAGCCUUGAGAGUGACCUACUGGCUUUGAAGUUCAUCCAUGACACUGUGGUGGACACAUCCGUGCUCUUCCCGCAUCACCGGGGCCUGCCCUACAAGCGCUCCCUGCGGGGCCUUAUCUCUCAGUACCUCAGCCAGAAGAUCCAGGCACACAGCGGUGGGCACAACUCCAUCGAGGAUGCCAGAGCCUGUAUGCAGCUGGUGACCUGGAAGAUGCAAGAAGACACCAAGACCUCUAGCCCCGCUCAGCAGCAUGCAGCUUGCCAGAAGAGAGGCUCUCAGCAGAAGCUGCCUGUUUGCACUAGCCGAUACACCCAGACGCCCAAGAUGGUGGAGAUGCCUGAGAUGUCCGAGAUGCCAGAUAUGUUAUACCUGGAAGAAAGUGACUCAGAACAACUUCCCCAGCUAGAGACUUGA